UUUUCAUGCAAGAGUGCGAUAAAGAUCGUGCUCAAGCCUUUCAAAUGAAAUUCAUCUUUGCGCUGCAUUGCAUUUGCCUAAUUGCCACUUUUGCCGAUGCUGGUGUGCCAUUGCCUCAACCGGGAGACCCUCAAAAUAAUCUCUCGAAAAAUUGUCAGAUACCAAAAUGUCCGGAGACGAAAAUUGUAGGAGGCGAAGAAGAAGUAGUUGCUUUGCCUUAUCCCCUGGACUGUUUGCAGUAUGUCGAAUGUAGGGGAUCCCAAUCUCGCGUUUUGCCUUGUCCGCCCGAUGAAGUUUUCGACAAGAAGACGUUUUGUGAUAAAAUCGAACACUCGAACAUUGAGGAUGGCUCGGGGAUGGAGUCUGGGUAUAAAAACGAAGGUACUGUUUCUAGAUUCGAAAGAGUGGGUCAAGUGAUAUCGACCAUACAGGAGUAG